AUGUCACUGCGAUCCCCUCGGGGCAAUUCGCCCAUGCGUUCUCCAGAUCGCAACCCGGCAAGAUCACCUCGAGGAGAUCACCGACCACGAAGCGUUACACGAAGCCCAACACCAGACCGUCAACGACGCACCAAGAGCAAAAGUCGAUCCGUAUCGCGAGGGCGAUCCCCUUCGCGCUCUCGCAGUCCUAGCAGAGGGGGUAGACGGUACAGGAGCGCAAGUUACAGUCGCUCUCCUAGCCCAAAUCAAAGUCCUCCACAGAGCGCAAAGAUUGUGGUUGAGAAAUUGACCAAGAACGUCACGGAGAAACAUCUUCGCGAAAUAUUCGGCAGCUUUGGAGAUAUCGAGUACCUCGACCUACCGAUGAACAGAUCCUUUAUGACCAACCGUGGCACCGCCUACAUCCUGUACUACGACCCGGCCGACGCCGAGGCAGCCAUUGCCCACAUGCACGAGGCUCAACUUGAUGGCGCUAUCCUGAACGUUUCAAUCGUGCUGCCUCGUCGAACAUUCUCUCGCUCCCCACCACCGGUAUCGAACAGAGGGGCUGGCGGGCGCUCUCGCUUUGGCAAAAGGCCACACGGAGACUCACCUCCUAGGAGACAUGGACGUCCGCGGCCUGGGGAAAGGCGCGACACAUACCGCCCCCCCUCUCUGUCGCGAUCACGAUCACCGGUACGAUCGCGGUCUUAUUCUCGGUCUCGUUCCCCUCCUCGACGGGGCAGCCGUCGCCCUGAGAGCCCGCGACAGCGCCGGCGGCGGAGCCCCAGCUACAGUAGCUACGGAUACAGCAGCCGCAGUGACAGGAGUCGAAGUCCAGUGAGGAGCCGCAGUCGGAACCGACACUAG